UCGUAAAAUUGGCACAACAGAACCGAUUACCAUACCUGUUAGUCUCUCCCCUUUGUUAGCCAUGGAUAUCCCACAGAAGCUAAACCAAUAUAGACAUCAGAUUUCCUUAGCAAUCAUAGCUUCAGUGACUAUUGCCUUGAUAGCCUUUGCGGCCCCUCGUUUCCUCAAUAUCUUGGCCUACUUUUGGCCUCUUUUUGCCUCAACAACAGUGUUACUGGUGAUCAUGGUUGCCUUUGGUGGUCUUUCACAGCUUGCAACUGAAACUCAUGGUGAAGGAGCUGGUGAGGGACUCCUGGACUAUGUAGCAGCUGCGCGGUCCGAACACAUCGCAGAGCCUCAGAGAUUGGAGUAGAGAAACUGGGAAGAAUGUGAGUUGGGUUUCAAUCUCAAAAGACAUCUAGUUGUAUUUUUCUUAUCUUCAAAUGUCAUGAAAUGUAGAUUCCUGAAUAAUAAUCAUAAAUGGAUGUAUAAUGGGAUCUCUACUUCUAUGCCUACUUUUCCCUGCUUAAUUGGAGUUUGUAAAAAUAGAAUUUCAUUUAUCUU